AUGGGCGAAACACCUUUGACUGUUGCGAUUGGCCGUCAGAAUGUGGAUUUGGUGCGUUACUUUCUUGAUCAAGGUGCUGCUACAAUGAAGCUCAACGACAGUGGGAGUACUCCUCUCCACCUUGCUGCUGCAGAAGGAAGCUGUGAAAUAGUUGAGCUCUUACUCUCCAGUGGAGCUUAUGUUGAUGCAAUACAUCUUGGUGGGACGGCACUGCAUUCUGCUGCACGUAAUGGGCGGGAUGAUAUUGUGAAAAUUUUGCUAGAACACCAUGCAGAUGCUGGUGCUGAUGUGGAUGGUAAUUGUAAAGAGACACCAUUAAUCAUUGCUGCCAUUAGUGCCUCAACUGAAAUCCUGAAGUGCUUAGUUCUGGCUGGUGCGGAUGCUAAUGUUCCUGACAGUUUAGGACGAGCUCCUAUUGAAAUUGCUGCCCGCUCUGGUAGGCGUGAAGAUGUUGAGAUUCUAUUUCCAGUCACUUCUUGUAUUCCAAAUGUACGUGACUGGAGUGUAGAUGGGAUCAUUAGGCGUAAAAUCAGCGCGCCCAGCGAAGAAAGCCAUGCUUACUAG